AUGGUGUCUCGAGGCAGUCUUCGCAGCAGCCACAUGUUGCUACUGCCACUGGCUCUUAUGUCGGGAUUCUGGCAACAUGCACAUGGCUUGGGCCAGACAUACUGCUCGAGCCAAAACACGGGAUCCAACUUUGACGCUGUGACCGACAUUUACCAAUCCAAUGGCGCAUGUCAGAAAACAUGCGUUGACAACUACGCCUUUGCCAUCGUCCAGUACCAACAAUGCUGGUGCUCAAAUUACGCUCCUGCUGAUCAGGUUGAUGUCUCCGAGUGCAAUCAAUCUUGUCCCGGUUAUCCCGACGAUAAAUGUGGUGACAAAGAUAAUGGCCUUUACGGCUACAUCAAACUCAACAACAGCCCUUCAGGCACCCUAGGCUCUGGCUCCGCCAGUAGCUCCACGAGCAGUGCUGCUCAAUCGUCAACACAACAAUCGACACCUACCUCAUCACCCUCUCCUUCCUCCGCCCCGGCCUCUUCCCCGGUGCAGAGCGAUACCACCGUGUUCACCUCCGUGCCUGUCACCGUGACCGUCAAGCAGAGUGCUUCGGUCGUCGUAUCCUAUGUUACACCUUCCUCGAGCACACCUACAACAACAUCAUCAUCGACAUCAUCGACAUCAUCAACACCCUCUUCAACUUCUUCGUCCACAUCAUCAACAUCAACAUCGUUUUCUCUUACCUCUACUCAAGCAGCUGUCAUAACGAGCAGCCCUUCCUCUACUGCUGCUGACACAGACUCACUUUCUCACACUACUCUUGUCAGCACCCGUGUUGUCACCCUCUCGGGUGCUCCUGUAACCCAAACCGUUACAAGCACUGCGGUUGUGACUCCUGGUGCCGGCUCGCUACAUGAGAAUGAAUCGAAAGGUGUUUCUGGUGGAACUGUGGCUGGAGCUGUUGUUGGUUCUGUUGCUGGUGUCGCUCUUCUCCUCGCAGGUGCAUUCUUCCUAUGGCGCAGGAAACAAUCCGAGACAUCCGAUCCAGAAUCUCCGAGGUCGGGCUCCGGCUCAGGUUCUACCCGAAGAAGAAUGGAGCGCAAUACUAGCGUUCUCAGCAAGACCGGUCUGCUGUCGUCUGCAGGUACCGCUGUUGACAUGGAGAAGUUCCAAGAUGACGCGGGUCAAGGUCAUAGAUAUCAUGGCAGCGAGUCGACUGCGCCAACCUCUACUAGCCCGGAUGGUGACAGACGGAACAGCCGGCCCCUCAUCUAUGACCAACGACUUAAUCCUGCUGCGCUCAUGGAACAUUGGGAGAGGAACGGCAGUCGUGCGAGCAUUGGUACUAUGCAAGACCAACGAGACUAUUCCCGACCCUUGGGUGUCACCAAUCCCGAUCCAGUCGACGAUUAG